AUGGAUACAAGAAACCCGUCUUCUUCUGCUUCAUCUAGCCAUCAGUGGAACUACCAUGUAUUUCUAAGUUUUAGAGGUGAGGAUACUCGCAAGAGUUUUACAGACCAUUUAUUCGCUACUUUGAAGCAGAAGGGUGUCUUCGCCUUCAGAGAUGAUAAAAAACUGGAGAAAGGAAAACCUAUUUCACCUGAGCUUUCAAAAGCAAUAGAAGAAUCAUUGUUUGCUAUUGUUAUUCUUUCUAAAAACUAUGCAUCCUCGACAUGGUGUUUGGAUGAACUUGUGAAAAUCAUGGAAUGUAGAGAAAAGAUGGGGCGAAUAGUUCUACCCAUUUUUUAUGAUGUGGAUCCAUCCGUGGUACGGAAACAGACUGGAACUUAUGCACAAGCAUUUGAUGAACAUGAAAUACGUUUUCAAGAGAAUAUAGAGAAAGUUCACAUGUGGAGAGUAGCUUUGGAAGACGUCGCCAAUCUCUCUGGAUGGUCGUUAAAAGAUAGGCCUGAGUCAGAAUUUAUCCAAGAUAUUGUGAAAAUGAUAUCACAAAAAUUGAGUUAUGCAUUUCCAAGAGAUACCAAAGGCUUAGUGGGAGUAGAUUCUCAAUUGAAGGAACUGAUGUCGCUUUUAGCUAUAGGAUCGAAUGAUGUUCGCAUUAUUGGGAUUUUGGGGAUGGGAGGAAUUGGUAAAACAACUCUUGCUAAAGCAAUUUAUUGGAAAGUUUUUAGUGAAUUUGAAGGUGGUUGUUUUAUCACUAAUAUUAGAGAAGUAUCUGAAAAUUUUGGUUUACUUCCAUUACAGCAAAAACUUAUUUGUGAUAUUUUGAUGGAGGAAAAUGUGAAUAUAAGAGAUGUUGAUGAUGGAGUUCAUAUGAUCAAGAAUAGGUUAUGUCAUAAAAGGGUUCUUCUUGUUCUUGAUGAUGUAAACCAAUUUAAACAGUUAGAAAAUUUAGCUGGGAAGCCAAAUUGGUUUGGUCAAGGCAGUAGAGUUAUCAUAACAACAAGAGAUGAGCAUUUGUUGAUAAGACAUAAAGUAUAUGAUAUAUAUGAGGCUCCAGAAUUAGAUGAUGAUGACGCUCUACGUUUGUUUAGUUUGAAGGCUUUUAAUAAAGAUCAUCCUGUCAAAAAUUAUCUAGAGAUGUCCAAACAUUUUGUAAAUUAUGCUAAAGGCCUUCCUUUAGCCAUUGAUGUUUUGGGUUCUUUUUUGUACAAUAGAAGAAAGGAGGAAUGGGAAAGUGUAUUAGAUAGGCUCAAAAAAUUUCCCGAAAAAGAUAUUAUGAAAAUACUUCAAAUAAGUUUUGAUGGACUUCAGGAAAAUGAGAAAGGAAUAUUUCUUUAUAUAGCAUAUUUCUUUAAUAUGAAGGACAAAGAUUAUGUAGUAAAAGGUUCUCAUUGA